GGACAGCUCUAAUUCUUUAAAUCAUCACCUUUUUCCCUCACAAGCGUCUAUGCACCUUCCCUUUCAAGGAUUGAAUCAGGAAAUGGGUGGGUUUAGAGUCUUUGUGCAGUAUUUGAUACAUUAUUUCUUUUCCUCUCACACUCCUAUGUGUAGACCUGACCACCAACCAAUUGCGCCACAACGCCUACACUAGCAACAUCGACUUGGAGGACAUCAUUGAGGAAGACGAAGAAACUAUGGGAGAACAUGACCUCUUCUUCUCGGUGCUAGUCCCGCCACCAGUCCAGCUCACCCUCGAGCGUCAGCUCAACAAGAGUAUCCUCAUUGGAUGGAACCCUCCUCCGGACGCGCCUCCAGGAUCCAUUGAGUCCUACCACGUGUACGUCAAUGGACUUCUUAAGACCACUGUGCGGGCGACUGAGAGAACCAGGGCGCUAGUUGAAGGAGUUGACUCCACGAAGCUUCACCGCAUCAGUGUACGGUCGGUGACACCAAACCGGCGUACGUCGCGCGACGCGGCGUGUACGAUGGUGAUCGGUAAGGACGCUCCGUUGGGUCCUACAAGCGUCAAGGCUACGUCCAUUACCUCCACCUCGGCUGUCAUCUCCUGGCUACCGUCAAAUUCCAACUUCCAGCAUACUGUGUGCGUCAACAAUGUCGAAGUUCGCACCGUCAAGCCGGGCGUAUAUCGCCACACCAUCACUGGACUGUCUCCCAACACCACCUACCGUGUGACCAUCAGGGCUAAGAAUCUACGAGCCCCCCAGUUUGAUGAGAAGGCCACCAGGAACCAAGAUCGUCUCUCCACCACCAUAGAGUUCAGGACGCUGCCUAAGGGUGAGUACUCGACACAUUCCACACCCUAACUACUAUGUUUGCUAAAUAUUCAUGUGGGAGAGAUCUUUUAAAAAAAUGUGGCUUCAUGAUCCGUCAUUAAAAUCUCUGC